AUGGAAAAGGACACACGCCCCAACUUUCUUGUCAUUGUCGCAGAUGACCUAGGCUUCAGCGACUGUGGCUGCUUCGGGUCUGAGAUCUCAACUCCUCACAUAGACGCCUUGGCGACCGAGAGCAAUGCCCUGCGAUACACCAACUACCAUGUUGCUGCGGCGUGCUCCCCACGCGGAACUGACCACCACAUUGCCGGCCUCGGCCAGCUUCAAGAAAUCACUCGGGCAUCGCCCGCCCAUGCUGGCAAGCCGGGACAUGAGGGCUACUUGAACCACCGAGUCGUCGCGCUGCCAGAGUUGCUCUCCGACGGCGGCUACUUCACCUGCAUGUCGGGCAAGUGGCAUCUGGGCCUCAAGCCAGAGCAUCACCCCAUCCGCCGCGGAUUCAAGAAGUCGUUCGCAUUACUGCCGGGGUGUGCAAACCACUAUGCCUACGAGCCGCAGUACAAGGAUCCAGGCUCCGAGCCUGACAAGUUCUUCGAGACGGCCACGCGCGCACUGCACGCCGAGGAUGACGUCCUUCUCAGCCGCCUACCCGACGGCUUCUACAGUAGUGACGCCUAUGCCGACAAGCUCAUGGCGUACCUAGACAACCGCACUGAAGAGGAGAAGCAGCAGCCCUUCUUCGCCUACUUACCCUUCAGCGCCCCACACUGGCCACUACAAGCGCCCAAGGAGGUCUGUGACAAAUACCGGGGCUUCUACGGCAGCGGGCCUGAGGUACUCCGGCAGAAGCGCCUUGCGAAGCUCAAGGCACUAGGCAUGGUCGACCCUGGAGUAAAGGCCCACCCGAUGGUCGUCGUAGACGAGAAGCCAGAGAGCUGGGAUGACCUGCCCGAGAACGUUCGCCAGGCGUCCAGCCGGGCCAUGGAGGUCUAUGCCGGCAUGGUGGACCGCAUGGACUGGAAUAUUGGGCGCGUGAUCGAGUACCUGAAGGCCCGCGGUGAGUAUGACAAUACGCUCGUCCUCUUUAUGAGCGACAACGGCGCCGAGGGUGCCAGCUAUGAGGCCAUGCCGCUUGUCGGCGGCCGCAUCAUGGCCCACGUGGACAAGUAUUAUGACAACAGCCUCGACAACAUCGGUCGCGGCAAUAGCUUCGUUUGUUACGGGUGCCGAUGGGCUCAGGCAGCCACCGCACCCUCCCGCCUCUACAAGAUGCACUCCACUGAGGGCGGCUGCCGCGUACCACUCGUCGUGAAGCCGCCCACCAGCGUCGCCACCGGCGCAUCCGGCGGCGGUGGCCUCAUCACUGACGCCUUCUGCACUGUCAUGGACAUCGUCCCCACGUUCCUGGAGCUGGCUGGCCUCGAGCACCCGGCGCAGUACAAGGGGCGCCAGAUCGCACCCCUGCGCGGCCGUAGCUGGGAUUACGUGAUGGGCUUCGAGAUCGCUGGCUCGGGGGCCCUGCGGUGCGGCGACUGGAAGAUCACCUUUGUGCCAGCGCCCAAGGGCCCGCAGCGGUGGGAGCUGUUCAACAUCCGCGACGAUCCCGGCGAGGUGUGCGACCUGGCCGAGGAGAAGCGGGAGCUGUUCAAGGAAAUGCUGGCGCUCUGGCGCUCUGGGACGAAUACAAGAGCGACGUGGGCGUCGUUGGUGUCGCCG